CUUCAGAAAGUAACCGGAGGAGGAGGAGGAGACCAACUCGACGUUGCUGUCUCUGGCUAUGCCAGAUUUAGAAAGAACAUGAGGAAAGAAACUAAGAAGCUUCUUGGGUCCUUGAAGUCCAUCGAUGGAGGGACAAGUUCAUAUGAUCAUGACGAUGAACAUCUUGUGGCGGUUAUAGAUGCGAUGAGACGAGUGGUUUCUGUUAGUGUCGUAGUGUUGAAGUCUUUGUUGGAGUUCUUGUCCGGACGACAAAGUAACAUAAAGAGCAAGUUGGCUUCGGUACUAAAGAAGAAGAAGAAGUGUAAUCUUGAGGAUGCCACGAACGAGUUGGAGACAUUGGAUUUCGCGAUUAGGGGAGAUUCAUGCUCUCGUGAUGAUCUACAAGAGAAGCUUGAGGAGGCUGAGAUGAGCAUUGGCGGGUUCGAGAAAAUUUUAGAAGGGUUGUUUCGAAAGUUGAUAAGAACAAGAACCUCGCUUCUCAACAUAAUCUCUCAUUAG